AUGGCCGAUGAUGGUCCCUCAUCGUCCGCGAACACCGCUGCUCCUGAGUCCCCUCCGGUUUGCCCUUAUUUUUCAUUUCCCCCCGUGAAUGGCAUCGCCUCAUUGAUCUGCCUCUUGUUCUUGAUUUCUCUUCCAUUAUAAUCGAGGAAACCAGGGUUUUCUUCUCGUCGGUGUGCCAGACGAAUGCUUUGUUCCAGUUCACAUUAGAUUCCUCUUGUUUGCUGAAAAUCUUUUGCUCCUGAUUUUUUGUUCAGAUGAAAGAGAACCUUCGACCGAUGGAUUCAAGGCUGGCGGUACGAUUCGGCGGCCCUUGCUUCAUGAAGCAACUGUAGAUUGCUCUCGAUGUGAAGUUUUUGGCCUUCCCUUUUUCUCCUCAGGAACUGGCCGAGUCACGGGAGGAGCUGGUGGGGAGAGUCCAAGGGCUGAAGGAGGUGAAUUCAUCAUUUCUGUAGAAAUUAUUUGUCCAGUUGCCAUAGACACCGCCCUCCUGGUUGGAUCUUCCCGCUUCUUUGAUGUUGCUGCAGGAGUUGCAGAACUGGAGGCUGAAGCUGGACACUCAAGUCAAAACCUACAAAAAUGUGAGUGAUUGUUCCUAGUCAAUGAGGCUCACAAUUCUAUCCCGUGGAGAGAAAGCUUUACUGAAUAUCUGCUCUGCAAAGGCAGGCGACAAAUAUCCGGAGAUAAUUCCAUGUUGAUGAAUGGCCUUGUGAACUUCGUUUGAAUUCACCGUGGAUGCUCCAAAACCCUAAUCCCUUGUUUCCUCUUGGAGAAAAAGAAGAAAGGUUUCCCGGGUGAAUAACUCCAUCAAGUUCAUGAUAAUGCUAGGAAAUAAGAAGCCUACUGGUAGAUUAGCUAACCUGCAUCUUAGAUUCACUCUAAACUUUUAGGAAAGGCAACUAGAUCGAUUUUCCUGCUAUGCAUGCAAGAUUUAACUCUUGGCUUGUGAUGAAAGAAGCAUAAUUCCACCCAAAAAACUCUAUUAUAGCUGGCCUGGAUCUGGAUCUGGACUCAUUAUAACAGAUGAGCACACAACUUUUCAUAAGUAAACUCAAAUUUUUUGGGACGGUAUAUAUAUAUUUUUUUUCACAUUUAGAUGCAAGUUGGUGUCUGGAAUAGGUUCAAUUUCAGAUUUUAUUCCAUUCCCACCUGUUUUAUUUCGGGGUGGAGGAGGGGGUUGUAGAGAGGGGGCACUCAAUGCUCGUAUGAGGCUUUUAAAGGAUUAAAGGAAAAGGGAAUGACCAAUAUCACUCCUGCAUUUAAUAUGGAGAGAAUUUGAAUCGAAUGGACGUUGAACUGCCUAUUCCUCUCUGCUCUCAGCCGAUAAUACUCUCUAUGAUCUAUCACUUUGCUAUUAUUGCCACUGGUCAGGAGGAAGCGGAGUGGGGUAACACUCAGUUCGGGGAUGAGAAGUUGUCUGACUGAUCUACCUUUAAAAUUGUUGUUGACUAAUUUAACAAGACAAGAGGCCCUGUACGCAAAUUUUCAUUCAUAAGGAUGGUUUAUGCUCAUUAAUUACUGUCAAGAAAUGAUUUCAAAAGGAUUUGUUAUAUUGUGUUCAUUAGUUCUGACUUAACUGUAUGCCCAUCAUCGUGAUCUUUCUUGUCUGCUUCAACAAUUUAACUCAGUGGAUAGUUACUCUGCGAACAAAGAACAUUACUUUGACAAAAUAUUUUAUAGACAUAAAUGAGGGAUUUUUUUCAGAGGUGGGAAAUUUUAAUUUGACAUUCAGCUCUUUCAUAUCAUGCAACGGUCACUUGUCUCUCAGAUUACUUUCUGAUGUUGGUUGUUCGGAAAUUUUCUGAUCAUUACCAACCCAUUUGAGGAAAGGUAAUAGAUUUGUGGUGUUUAAAGUUUCCUGAAUAUUCCUACCCUCUUGUUUGUGCAAAGUCUUUCUAUUUCUCUGUUAUAAAAAAAUUAUGCAUUUAUUUCAAUUGGUUUUGUUAAGCUUUCAUGUGUUGGUUUGAUGAGAAUACCCGCUGUCAUUUACAGGAGCUUUCCGAGCUUAAGAUGUCUCUGAAUACCGAAUUGGAGAAACUGAAAUCUGUGAGUCCAACAAAGAUCAGUAGAGCUUAUUCUUCCCUUUUUCUUUGUUCAUACAAUAUUUGCUGACGGCGCUGGUUUUAGGAAUUUCAAGAGUUGAGGACAACUCUUGAACAGCAACAAGAUGAAGUCACGAGUAGUCUCAAGGGCUUGGGGGUACGACAUCGUUCUGUAUAUCUACUUCUUGCUAUCUCUUCUCCCUUUGAUGGGAUCUUGGCUAAUCCAGUGAAUGUCAUGAAAUAAAUGGGUUUCUGAUUCAUGUUGGCAAUGGAUCUGGUCACCAAUGGCUGGUUCUUAUCACGAGGAAGUGCUAUUUCUUUUAAAAAAAUCAGAUUUUAGUGAAAUCACUUUUCACAAUAUGACAUAUUGCAUCUGCAGUUUCUAUAAUUUAAUUUUUUUCCCUUUUACCGAAGCAUGGAAACAUCAAGGAUAUUCAUUGAUCUCCCCCUUUUUGCAAGAAAAGUGGGGCCCAUUGAUAAUUUCAGUCCAUCUUAUCUAUUAUGACUGCUGUAAAUGUUCUUCCUGCAGCUGCAGGAUUUACCAAAAGAAGUAAAUCUGAAUGAAAGCCCGAGGACUGCGGAGCAAGGGGAGACCGUGCAGAGGAGAAGUUUCAGACCACCACCUAGGAUCCUAGCCUGUAGGUAA